UCCAUAGGCCACCGGCAAAUGGCCAUGUGUUUUGACUUUUGAGCUUUUUGGUUACAAAUGUUACAAAUAAAAUAAUUUAAUUUUGAGAACUGAAACGUUUCAUUAAUCAAAGCAGUAAUAAGCAAAUAUAUUCAUAUAGUGCUUUAUACCAAAUUUAAUUCUUAAGGAGAAAAAUGUCGAUGUUGGAGGAAGAGCCAAUGGAAGAUAGUACUUCUGAGAGUGAAAAUGAAAUGGAAGAACGAGAAGAAGAAGAAGACGACGACCGGCCAAAAACAUAUCUUCCGGGGCAACCUCUAAAAGACGAUGAGCACUUGGUAUGUGACCAGUCUGCAUAUUUAAUGCUGCACCAGGCGCAGACGGGAGCGCCUUGCCUUAGUUUUGAUAUUAUUCAAGAUAACCUCGGUAAUGAUCGGCAACAAUAUCCAAUGACUGCUUAUCUAGUUGCUGGUACUCAGGCAUCGAGUGCACACUUAAAUAAUAUAUUAGUAUUUAAAAUGUCAAAUUUACAUCAAACAUUAAAGGAAGAAAAUGAUGACUCUGAGAGUGAUGAUGGAGAUGACGAUGAUGAUGAAGAUGAGGAGAAAAAACCAGAAAUGACAUUUGCUAUGAUUAAACACCAAGGAUGUGUGAAUAGAAUAAGAACAACUAACUACAAGAAUUCUGUUUUGGCUGCCACUUGGUCGGAACUAGGAAGAGUUGACAUUUGGAACAUCACUCAACAACUACAAGCAGUGGAUGAGCCAGCCCUCUUGGAGAGGUAUAACCUAGACUCUAUAAACAAUCCUGUCAAGCCAAUGUAUUCAUUCAGUGGACAUCAGCAGGAAGGCUUUGGAAUUGACUGGUGUCCAACAGAAUUAGGGGUAUUAGCAACUGGUGAUUGUAGACGAGAUAUUCAUAUAUGGAAGCCAAAUGAGGCUGGCACAUGGACAGUUGAUCAGAGACCCCUGAUUGGACAUACCGGCUCAGUUGAAGAUAUUCAAUGGUCUCCCAAUGAAAAGAAUGUUUUAGCUACAUGCUCUGUAGAUAAGACAAUAAGAAUAUGGGAUACCAGAGCUGCGCCACAUAAAGCAUGCAUGCUGACGGCUGAGAAUGCACAUCAAAAUGAUAUUAAUGUUAUUUCGUGGAAUAGUAAAGAACCUUUCAUAGCUAGCGGUGGUGAUGAUGGAUAUCUUCAUAUAUGGGAUUUAAGACAGUUUCCUACAGCACCAGUUGGUACAUUCAAACAUCAUACAGCUCCAAUCACAUCCAUUGAAUGGAAUUGGACCGAGCCAAGUGUACUUGCAUCUGCUGGUGAAGAUAACCAAGUAGCCUUGUGGGACUUAGCUGUUGAAAGAGAUGAUGAUGAAGAAGUGGAGGAAGACUUGAAGAACCUACCGCCUCAGUUGCUCUUCAUUCAUCAAGGACAAACUGACAUAAAAGAAUUACACUGGCACAAGCAAAUUCCGGGCGUAAUUAUUACAACAGCACAUACUGGAUUUAAUAUAUUUAAAACUAUUAGUGUAUAGAAACUGAAUAAAAAUAUUAUUAAUAACUGUUA